GGGGCCAUCUUGGCCUCCUUGGCAGACUCAGCCCCGAGGGGAUGGGGCAGCCGAGCCAUGUGCACCACCCUCCUCCUGCUCAGCACCUUGGCUAUGCUCUGGCGCCGACGCUUUGCCAACCGGGUCCAACCAGAGCCGGGCGAAGUGGACGGGGCAGCCCUGGGCAGCAGCCUGGAAGCAGACACCCGGUCCCGCGGCAGGGAGAAGCCUGUGGAGUGAGGCCUCACCUCCUCAGGUGCAGCUCAGCCCCAGCGAGUGGGAUCAGCUGGCCCAGCAGAACCCGGAGGCCUGUCCUGUAUCCCCGCAUCGGAGAAAUGAGGACACAGAGAGGCUAGCUGAUUUGCCCACAUCACCUCGCUGGUAAGUGGGGGGCCCGGGGGCCCCCAUGGAGGCUGCACGAACCUCCGGAAGCGCUGGGAGUUCACAGCUGCGGGGGGCGGGGGGUGUCCCAGCCUGGCC